AUGCUCCAACAUCAUCAUCACGGAGAUGAUCAGUCAUGCUUCUCUUGUGAUCAUCACUCCCAUUCGUUAGAAGAAGAGUGUCGAAAAUUAUCUACACUGCUAUUUAACGAGGAAACUAACCAUGAAAUUGAACAUAUCAUCCACGAUGUAUUUAUCCCUAAUUUAGUUUCUUGCUCGGAGUUUGACAAGAUUGAACAGCUUGUUGAUGCUCUCCUGAAAAACCCAUCACUUUUCUUAAUUAUUUAUCACCAUUGUUUCGAUAUUUUUGCACCAACAGUGAACUUUAGCCUUUCUCUACGCAAGAUUGGAACGAAUUCCGAUUUAUUGAAUAAGAUUUUAAAAUUAAUAUCAUUGGUAUGUGAACACUCCCCUCCUAAAGAGGUUCACUCCUUACUGAUGGAAAGUCUUACAACAAACAUUGUGGAAGUUGAGCUGAAAACUAGUGAUGGUAGUCAAAACGCUCUUUUGGACAUUCAUAAUUAUGGACUCGAUCAACAAAACAAAAAAUCACUGGAGCAUCAAAUAUUUUUACUGUCGCACUUCUUUAACAAUCUCUCAAGAUUUCCAGAAAAUGACAAGAGAUGGCAAUUUAUCAAAUAUUUGGAUAUCAUCCUAUCAAGAGCAUGUGGUAUUAGAGUUGAAUCUAUUCAAAACGAAGCAUUUGGAAUAGAAGAGGAAAUGUCGCAAGAGGUACAAAGAAAGCUAAAGUCGGAUAGAUUAUUUUUGGAAUACUCUUCAACACUAAUCGACUCCAUUUUCUCUUUCUCCGAUUAUCUAUUUCGUAAUGUGAAUUACGAAUCUUUUUUAAAAAAGAUCUACUUGAGAAGAGAAUCAGAUUGCAUCAUGCAAUCGUGCUUCUCGAUUCUGGCUAAAAUUUAUUCAAAUGACCAGUUAAUUGAUGUUUGUUCAAACAAUGGACAGAUUGACAAAAUUAUGAAAACCAUAACCUCAUGCAAAAAAAAUCUCAACGAAAUACUAGAAUAUUUUACUCGUUUUAAAAAAUGGUCAGAGGCCAACAAAGAAUCGCAAGAUGAGCACAGCGAACACUCUGAAAACGAGGAUGAAGAAAUGGGACAUCAUGAAGAUGACAAGGAAGAACUUAAAAAUUUUAUUCCUUGGGAACCUCGAGGAAUUGCAGUAUUUCUCUAUCUACUUUUUGUGAAAAAGUUGGAAAGAAAAUAUUAUGGUAUUUUCAUAUUAUCUGACUUGUAUUUAUUUGUCAUGUCUAAAUAUUAUGUAGAGCUAAUGCUACAAAGUGGAAUAGCCUCAUUUGGUAGAAUUGGUCUCUAUAUUUUACGGUAUUUAUUUGAAAAUCAUGUUAAGAAAAAAGGUUCAUUGCACAUUAAGGAUCAUGUACACGAAUACGACAUUGCAUCUUAUUUUGAUUUGCCCCAAUCGUUAGUUUCCUUUAUGACCAUGCGUCCAGACAACAAAUUGCGUACAUUUGCGUACAACAUAUUCCAAGAUUUUAUCACGAGAUUUGAGGACGAAGAUAGAUUUAAUUUGCUCUACCACAUGCUCAACAAAUGUCCUUAUCCUUAUAUGGUAGCAAUCAUUCUUGACAGAAUGAAAGAAGAAAUUAUUUUAGAAUAUAAUGCCAUGUUUCAACUUAUUGGAAAAGAGAGUUUGGAACGAGUGAAACAACAGAAUGCCUACAAACCCUCACAACCUCCCAAGUUAGAAGAAGUGAACGAAUUCCUUAAAAACAAAACAACAACUAAUUCAGAAAGCUACUUUUCCCAGUUUGUUCCAAACAAUGCUCCUAAAUUGAGCUAUGAUCAAAAAACAAUUAACAUCAUACGAUUGCAUGCAAAAGAUUCCAAAGCAUUUCUUGUUCCACACAAAAUUCCUAAUCUCAUCAUUGAAUUACUAGAGAAAUAUGUAGAAAAACCGUUCGAAGGGGAUAAUAUUCAAGUAAUUUUGCGAGCUCUCAAUCUCUAUUACUUUUUAUUAUUGAGGGACGGAGAACCCAAUGUGACAGGAAUCAUGGACACAGAAAUUGUUUCCAAAAUGGAAGACAAAAUAUUAAGAAAAUUAAGUGAAAAGAAACAAGAGUUCGAGAAUCUAAUCAAAGAGCAAGUCAAACUUCCAAAACAAGAUAUGGAAGAUGAAGAAGAUAUUGAUUAUGAUGAUUUGUUAGAUGAAUUCGAACAUGAAUUUACUCCAGAAGAAAUUGAAGCUCUCCAAGAAUUGAAUGCCAAGCACAAAGAACAAAUCAAAAUCAAAGAACAAACCAGCCAUGAGUUGGAUGUAUAUUUGCUAAGCGAAGUACUUGACAGAAUCAACAAUGCUCUCCAUCAUCCAAUAAAUUAA